ACAGAACAGAGACUAACAAUUAAACCGUCUCAAUCAAUUUGUUCUCUGUACUUCUUCUUCUUGAGUGGAAAAUGCAAAAUCGAUAACUCUCUCUAAAUCUAAAAAGUCCAUCAAGAACCCUAAAUCAGAAAAUGGAUCUUCCAGAAGUGGCAUUGGUGAAUGUCUUGGCGCGAUUUCCAUUGAAGAGCAUCGCGAGAUUUCGAUUGAUGAGCAGAGAAUGGAGAUCGCUCAUCGAUUCCGACUUCUUCCGAGAUUACUACAUCUCCUUCAACUCAUCUUCCUCCGUCUCCUGGUCAAUCAUCCAAAUCAAACCACACAAAUGGUCGCUGGAGAUCGUGGGUCACCGUGGAUGCGAGAGAUGGGGACUCGAUCGUUCUCCAGGAACUUUCCCGAGUUUCUUCGCCGAGACGACGAUCACGAAGAUGCUCGUGUUAUCCUGCACCGAUGGAUUGGUAUCUAUUUACACAGAGGAUAUCGAUGAAACCCCUUCGUAUUACAUCGGGAACCCUUUGUUGCAGGAAUGGUCUCGUAUCCCUCUUCCUUCUCUCGUCUCUUCUCUAGAUCUCGACUUCUUAAGGAAGAACAACCAUUUCAACGACACGGGAUUGGUGACGAAGAUGGAGAAUGGUAUCGUCGUGAGUUACAAGAUGGUCUGGUUUUGGAUAUCCUCUGAUAAACUCGAUUUCAUGGUUUACUCAUCCGAUUCAGGGACGUGGGAAACAAUCAAGAACGUGCGUGAUCUCCACUCCACAAUCUUGGCUGGAAAAGAGAGAUCGAUUGCUCUCAACGGGAUUCUUCACUGGCUUUCCACAAACUCCAUUAUAGCUUACGGUUUCUAUGGAGGAGGAGGUCAUGAUGGUGAUGGGUGUGGUGCUCGCACCGUACGUUUUCCUUGUAAAGACGACGAGGUACGGCGUUUCAAGAGAAGCUUCACAGCCUCUGAAGGGUCCAUUGUGUAUCUCAACGAGUUCCGUGAGAACGGAGAACGCACGUUACGGGUCUGGAGGCUGGUCAAGUACACGGAUGGUCCCGAGGCGUGGCAAGUCUCUUGGGAGAUCAUCGUCCCGAUGUCGUUGAUCCAGUUCGGUACCGAUUACUUCCCUGUGGUGAUGCAUCCUUUGAACUCUGAGAUCAUCUACUUGUGGAGCAGGAGAAAGAAAGGUCUCAUCUUGUUUAACGUGAGGACACUUGCGUUUAGUCUUCACAAGGAGUACGAAUAUGAGAGCAAAUGUGUGGAUGGUUGCAUCUUGAGUUUUAACAUGUGCACCGAUUAUAUGAAGAGCAUAGACUAUGUCCCGUGGUAUCAAGGUGGUACUAAUGAUCUAUUCUUCUCACAGUAUGUUCUCCCUCGUUGGCUUCACCGUCUCCCUCGUCCGCACCGUGCUUGAGAACCAGAAAGCCCUUGUCUUGUUAAACUUGAGGACGCAUGUGUUUAGUCUUCGCAAGGAAACCGAAGAAGAUGGCAAGUGUAUGGAUGGUUGCAUCUUGAUUGUUAAUGGAUGCAGUGAGUACAUGGAGGAUAUUCGUAGAUACUAUCUCCCAUGGUAUCAAGGUGGUCUGAACAAUUUCUUCUUCUCUGCAGUAUGUUCUCCCUCGUCCUCACCGUGCUUAGUAUGUACUCUGUUUUGAGUGUGAGGCCCCAUUGUGUAAUGGUUCUGAGUGUGAUUGUUAACAUUGGUGCUAAAUAGAUCACAUUCAAAACAAAAUGAUAUUUUGUAAACUAUGUUCAUCUAGAUUAGACUCAUAAUAUGGGUGGUUAUGUUCAACUUAAAACCUCUGGUUGAC